GAACAAAUCGCUUGAAUAAUAGAUCAGGUUAGUCGUCGAACCGCUGCUGGCUGCCCGGCUGCUGCUGCUGCGGACGGAAGUACGGACGGACUGGCGCGUGUACGAAGUGGGCGGAGUCGAUCCUAAUACUCAGCCAGGGAGGAGGGUGCCGCGACGACCAACGACGACAGAAUUUGACUGCGUAUUAUGAAUACGCCAUCGACUUUGGUCGAGACGGUCAACAUCAAUCUGGAAGACUUCUCGGAAACGUUUUUAACUUGCUCGACAUGCCUUUAUACAUAUGAUCAGCUUACAAGAAAGCCGAAGCUUCUGCCUUGCUCACAUUCAGUGUGCCUUUCGUGUCUGGAACAAUUAGCUGCACUACCCCAGAACGAUGCACUUUCGUUGCGUUGCCCGAUGUGUCGUGAGGUUUGCGUGCUACCAGCCGGUGGAGUUAGCGCAUUGCCAGCCGCGUUUCUCAUCAACCAGCUGCUAGAUGUCAUGCAGAAGCAACGUAAGGAUGUGGUACCAUCUUGCACUGUCCAUCCUAGCGAACAGUUGCUCUACUGUGAAUGUUGUGAUUUAGUAUUCUGCCAACAAUGUCAGUCAACAGUUAUCAACAAGAAAUGCACUCAACAUACUGUGAUACCGUUUUCAAUUGCUUUGAAAAGGAUGUCCGAGAUUGUUGUCUACCGAGCAAAGGGACGCCUACGCGCUCUUGAUCAAGCUCAUGAUUGUGUUAGUCAGGAAAUUGAUCAACUGGACAAAAAUGUCGAUAAAAUUCUGGACCAAAUCAACAGUACAUUUCAGGAAGUGUCGAAUACAGUCGAGAAUCGUCGUCGAGAUCUUAUCGAAAGCGUACGUGUUCGAAGGGACGAAAAACGUAAAGUCCUAAAAGAUCAGAUCGAGGCGAUCACGGACGAGAAGAAAAAACUCGCUAAGGAAUUGGAAUCGUGCCAGCUAGAUGUACGCUCUAUGGCACGCCAGCUGAAGGCAAUGGAAAGCGGCUGGGAACGACAGCUUACACAACCGAGAGAGAAUGCUUUUUUGAAGUUGAAUACGAAUUCGAAUCAGUUGAUUUGCGAUGUACAGCGAUGUCUUGGCGAAUUUGGUGCAUUGGCAGCUUCGACCACCUUUCCUGGUGAAACUAUCGUCGAAUUGACCGAACCGGCUUCUACUUACACUGAAGUGAAGAUGAUAGUAAGGACGUUUGAUGUCGACGGAAAGGCUAGAACUUCUGGCGGAGACCCGCUCGAUGUUCGUCUUCGACAAGAUGAAACUUCAUUACCAAUUUCCAUAAACGAUCUCAAUGAUGGCACUUAUGAACUUACAUUUCGGGUACAACAAUCUGGUGAUUAUAUGGUUGAUGUGGACAUUUUUGGCCGUCCAAUAAAAAACAGUCCCUUCCCCGUUUCGGUUUCAUCGCAUCAUCCACCGAAGUGGCAAUUACCAGUUGAACUAUAUCAACCAGUAAAAGUAGCGAUGAAUGGUGAUCAUGUGCUUCAUGUUUUGGAUACCGGUAAUGAGAGAGUUCGGAUAGUCAAGGAAACGGGUGAAGUGAUCAGCGACCUGAAGCCACCAUGUCUCGUCGGGGGCACCGCAGUAGGCUUGGCUCUUCUGUCUGGUGGUGAUAUGGCGGUCUUGAAUUGGAGGACGAAGAGCAUAACUAGGCUAGGACCCAAGGGAGAUGAAAUACAGAGUAUCAACUUCUCCGAGUUCAACGAACCCAUUGACUUGGCUGCUGAUCACCGAGGGAGAUACUUGAUUGCUGAUGCUCAAAAGAUCUUCGUGUUCGACUCGAAUAUGCGGCCACAGUUCAGUUUUCCUACGCGUGGCCAGACUGUCACAUCUGUGAACGUUGGCUUGGAUGACGACAUUUUAGUAGGCACCACACAUGGGCUUCUCCUUUUCGAUGGUGCUGGCCGGUUUUUGAGAGAGAUUCCGAUAGCUCCCGAAGAGCAUAAGGGACGAAUAAUGGUAUCCACAUGUGCAGUAUGUCGUGAGACAGGAUUGGUUAUCUCUGGUGUAGUGGAUGCGAAGACGAAUAAAGCCCAGUUAGCGAUCUCACGCUACAAAGGAUCAUUCGUAUUCUACAUUGACUCCUAUGGUGCUCGCCUACGGCGACCAUGUGGGAUUUGCGUGGGAACAGGCACCCGAGCCGGGCAAUGCUUAAUUGUUGAUCAUGCAUCGAAUACUGUUCGAAUGUAUAGGUUUAAGUGAGAUGUUAUAUUUGCCUGUGGGAAAGAUCGCACGUUUCUUUCUCUACAUCGAGAUUUGGGCAAACUAAGGCAAAGCCGAAUUGACGAUAAGGAGAACGAAGGAUUCUCUUUCAAACGUAAUAAUAUAGGCAUAAUAUUAUUUUUCUUUACUCUGUGGAAGAUGCAAAUGCUUCAUAAUGGCAUUUGUUAUUGUUUUGUGUAGGUGCGGGUCAAUGUCCUUCAUUGAAGUUGAUCGCUGGCUCAAAGCUCACGCUGUACAAAAAUGCUUUCUCGAAUACAUAUGAUACGUGUUAUGCCAUAAGCACCAGUGAUGACAUUAUGUCCAUGUAUAGCAUAACUUUAUUAUUUGGAAAGAUUUGUUAAUAAACUGUUGAUUCUUCU